GCCUGUGUGGGAAGUCUGGAGCGCAGAGAUAGGCACCCCUGGUUUUCCAUUGGUGACAGAGGUCAGAAGCCAAGCAUAUCAGCCUUUUCUUAGUUGCCUUGCCUCCUGUUAAGCAUUUUCACCGCGGCCAAACACAGAAUCAGAAGCCAUGUCGACAACAACAAUUGCCGUCGCCACGACGGACACACAUACCAAGAGUGCUGCAUUGGCCCGUGUAGACGAUCUACCAGCCGCAACAGUCCAGUGCCACGCAUCAAACCUCCUCAGGCUCCCCGAUGGAACACUCCUCUGUGCCUGGUUCGGCGGAACCCAAGAAGGCAUACAAGACAUCUCCAUCUAUCUCUCCCGUCUUGAGCCCGGAUCCUCCACUUCCUGGACAGAACCAGUGCAGGUGUCGUCCGACAAGGGUCGCAGCGAGCAAAAUCCCGUUUUAUUUCGGGACCAUGCCUCGGGGACGAUCUGGCUAUUCCACACCGCCCAGCCUCUGGGCAACCAAGAUGAGGCUGUCGUGAUCGCCCGCACGUCAAAGGAUGAUGCGCGCACGUGGUCUGCGCCAUUUGAGCCGUUCCCGGGCAAGAAGGGCGCCUUUGUCCGUCAGCCUGUGGUUGUACUCCCCGGGGGGACGUGGGUGCUGCCUAUCUGGUAUUGCCGGACACCGCCUGGCUUCAGGUGGGUCGGGAAUGAUGAUGUGUCCGCAGUGUUGUAUACCCAGGACGGAGGUCAAACAUGGCUCGAAAAGGAGGUCCCUGAUUCUGUGGGCCGCGUGCACAUGAACAUUCUUCAGCUUGAUGCAGGGUCGUACGUGGCAUUCUUCAGGAGUAGAUGGGCCGAUGAAGUAUAUCGGUCUGUCUCCAACAAUGGACUAGAUUGGAGUGCUCCUGAGAAGACACCUCUACCUAAUCCCAAUUCAGGGAUCGGUGCAGCAGCACUGCCCAGCGGUGACAUCGUGAUGAUUUUCAACGACUCGAAGGCCGAUCCUAAGAUGCAAAAAAGGGAAGGUCUUUACGAUGAUAUCACACCCGCAGAGGACACUAGGAAAAAUCAGCCAGGGGUUGGAGGCAAGGUGGCCAUAUGGGGAACGCCACGAAAGGACCUGUCUGUUGCGGUAUCGAAAGACAAAGGGAAGACCUGGACGUGGCGAGUUCUGGAAGAUGGUGAUGGAUUUUGCAUGACGAACAACUCCAAAGAGCGCACCAACCGGGAACUGAGUUACCCCAGCAUUGUGGUAGACGGGAAGGGAGAGAACGGGGUGCAUGUGGCAUACACUUACCACCGGAGGAACAUUAAGUAUGUUUACAUAAAAGAUGUAGACGCGUUUGUGAACGAGAAAUAG